ACAAGCUCUCGAUCGGGACACAUUCUCGAUGUGCUUUGGCCGACUGUACCAUUUAUUAUUGGCCAAACUGGGAAUCGCUAAGCGAAAUGAUAAUCCAGGUCGUCGUUCCCUUGUCUACGGCGUCUUGUCCGAAUGCAUUCAACCAUUGGGAAUCCGUGUCAUCACUUAUUUCGAUGCCCUCUGUCCCGUGUUCCUUGAUGGCACCAACGACAGCAAACCAGAGGCGCGCCUGUGUUGCUUCUUCGGUCUGGGCGAACUGGUAUAUAAUGCUGAAGACAAGUCCUUUGGCUCGUUUUCUGUGAUUCUGCAGGCCCUCUCCAAUGCGAUCGCCAGCGAGAAGGAUGCCUCAUUACUGGACAAUAUCUGUGGUGCCCUGGCGCGCCUGAUUAUAACCAAUUUUAAUCUGGUGCCUCUGGCUAAUGUACUGCCUGUGUUCAUCUCCGUUCUGCCCAUUCGCACUGACUUGGUGGAGAAUGCUAUGGUGCUCAAGGCCUUCCGUGUGCUCUACGUGAAUGCGCGUCCCAGUGUUGUCGAUUUCAUUUGCCAAAUGGUUUCCAUCACUCUACAUGUGCUGUUCAAUGGGCAGUUUGACGAUUGCGAGUCCCAUGUCAGUGCCAUCACCUUCAUGUUAGAAAUUCAAAGUGAAUAUCCCAACCAUUUCAACAAUGUGGUCAACUCGUGUACGAGCGCGAAUUUCUUGGAAUUCGUUCAGAGUGUCUUCAGCUAAGCAGAUACAAAUUUUGC